AUGGUAGCGCAACAAGAAGAAAAUAACAACAACAUUAACAGAAAAUUUAACUUGUGGUUUACCCAUAGAGGUAUAAAAGAACUUUUAUAUCUCCUGCUUUACUAUUAUAACACUAAAAUUAAAGAAGGGUAUUCUUUAAUGGUUUAUGGACUGUAUUCUAUCAAAAAAAAAAAAGUCAAGGUUAUUAAACGACCGAAGACUGUUGAUUCCGUCUUAAGGAAUCUACUCAAUACAUUGUUAAUGAUUUUAGCACUUCAAUACACUCACUAUAAAACUCUUUUAACUGCAUCACUUUUGAGUGGAAGCAAAAGAAACUGUUGGAUAAAAAAACAGAAAGCAUUGAAAGAGCAAAGGAAAAACCGAAUUCCUCGUUCAACAUGGUUCAAACAAGGACGAGUGGAACAGUGGUGGUUGAACAUGUUUUUUGAUGUUCUUCCCGAGGAGGAUUGGAAAAAGAACUUCAGAAUGACAAAGGCUAUGUUUACUGAUUUAGUAGAUCAAAUACGCAUAUGGAUUACUCCUGACAACACAUCUCCAAAUUAUCGAGCCUUGUCUGCAGAAAAAAAAGUUGCAGUAACGUUGUACUACUUGAAAGACACAGGAUCUUUAUCAAUGACAGCAAACACUUUUGGCCUGCACAUAUCUACGGUGUCAAAAGUCAUAAGAGAUGUUUGUAACUGCAUAACUUACAAGCUUGGACCAAAAUACAUAGCCCUGCCAAAAACGAAAGAAGAGAUGCUUGAAAAAGUAGGAGAAUUUGAGGCCAAAUUUGGAAUGACGCAAGCUUUUGGCUGCAUAGAUGGCACCCACGUACAAAUUUUACGACCUAGUGAACAUUCACAAGAUUAUUUUUCUUACAAAAUGUAUUUUUCUCUUAACGUUCAGGCAGUAUGCGAUUUCCGUGGCUAUUUCAUGGAUGUUGAUUGUAGGUGGCCAGGCAGUGUACAUGACGCGAAGGUGUUCGCCAACUCAAAUAUUGCUGCUAAACUUAAAGAUGAGGAAAUACCCAUUACUUAUGAGGACAUCCUGCCAGGCCGAGCCAAAGUUCCAAACUAUUUGAUUGGUGACCCUGCAUACCCCUUGACACCGUACUGUAUGAAAGAGUACCAUAGUUGUUCAACAAAUGCUCAAGUGUUAUUUAACAACAUGCUCCGGUCAGCAAGAAACCCAGUCGAGUGUGCUUUUGGACGCUUAAAAGCCAGAUGGGGUUUUUUACCAAAGAAAGUUGAUUUAAAAAUAGAUUUUGUUCCUGUGGCAAUCUAUGCAUGUUUUGUGCUGCACAAUAUAUGUGAACUUAACAAAUGUGUUAUUGACCCUGAUUUGGUGAAAAUUGAAAUAGAAAAGCAUAAAGCAGAGACACAACAAUUAGAUUACUCUGUGUAUUUAGGAAAUCUUGCAGAGGGUGAUGUUGUACGGGAAGUAAUAACAAAUUUUAUACAGGACAGUCUUCCAUACUAA